CUUUUCUGUUCAUGUCACUACAUAAAACUAUCAGAUGGUUAGAGGAAGGCCAUGGAGGCAUACGCUUAGCUAGUCUUAUCAAGGACGCCAAAUGAAGUCCAUUCAGCUCUGCUAGAGGGACAAGCUGACUUACUUUGGAAGAAAGACUCGCAGCAGCCGUCACUCCAUAAAUGUGCACCGUCCUCGACCGUGUUCGCCUGCACACUGCAGAGGCGCUCAAAGUGGCUGCUUUGCGCACGACCCAACUCCGGCUCUGCCUGCACUGAAACUUUCUGCGGCGGUUGUUUUCAUGAAGAGCAGCAGGCUUUCGCCAAGGAAUUAAAGGAAGCUACUUUAUUAUUAUUAUUAUUGUUAUAAUUGCGUUUGCUGAAAAAAUACACCGAGGAUGCCUCGUCCGGGGAGAAACACGUACAGCGAUCAGAAGCCACCUUACUCCUACAUCUCGCUCACUGCCAUGGCGAUCCAGAGCUGCCCGGAGAAGAUGCUGCCACUCAGUGAAAUUUACAAGUUCAUCAUGGAUAGAUUCCCUUAUUACAGAGAAAAUACCCAGCGAUGGCAGAACUCUCUGCGUCACAACCUGUCAUUUAACGACUGUUUCAUCAAAAUCCCCCGGCGCCCAGAUCAACCAGGUAAGGGCAGUUUCUGGGCUCUGCACCCCAACUGCGGGGACAUGUUUGAGAAUGGAAGUUUUUUGAGGCGCCGCAAAAGGUUCAAAGUGUCGCCCGUGUCUGAUCAUUUGGCUCCCAGCAAGCAGUCGGAUGCUGCCCAUUACCUCCAACAGCAAGCCAAGCUGAGACUGAGCGCCCUGGCAGCCACCGGCACACACCUCCCUCAGAUGUCAACUUACAACCUCGGAGUGUCUCAGUCAUCAACUUUCAAACACCCCUUUGCAAUUGAGAACAUCAUCGCCAGAGAAUACAAGGUCCCGGGAAGUCUGGCGUUCUCCACCAUGCAGUCCAUGUCUGCCGGGUACCCGCUUCACAACCAGCUGACGACAGCCUGGCCCCACAUGUACAACACUAGCGUGAUUGACACGGCGGCCCCAAUAUCCAUGGCAAGCAGCGACUACAGUGCCUAUGGCGUGCCCAUAAAAUCCCUGUGUCACGGGGGACAGUCCUUACCGGCUAUCCCGGUGCCAAUCAAGCCCACCCCGACGUCCAUGCCCGGUUUCUCGGCGCUACCUCCCCACAUCCCCGCGUUUCUAUCAAACUCUCCACAGUCUCUGAGCCCGACGUCCCCACAGACAGCGACGAGCCAAAGCAGCCCCGCAACCCCGAGUGAGACUCUGACGAGCCCCUCCACUCUACAGUCUGUGGCUGUGCACUGACCACCUGAACUUUUUCUAGUAAACGAACUGCUGGCUGGCUCCCGGGCCCCUUUACCAAACCCAAAGUUUAUA